AUGAAUGCUGUAUCUUACCUUACAAAUAGGGUGUUGCCGCCUAAGUUCGAGGAGAAACAAGCUGCACCCGAAGAGAGCUGUGCGUACGGUGUGGAACAGUCUGAAGAAUCGGGGAAAUUACAUUCCGGGGAGAAAACCCAACCGUUUGGAGCAAAAGAAACGUCCAAAAACGGCUCAGAUCACAAUGGAAGAUCCCCAUCACGUACCAGAAAGCUAGCAAAAGUUGCGUGGUCCGUAUUGAUAUUUGUACCUAACCUUUUGCUGAUAAAACCUGCGCUCUUUUUUUGGUUUGUCGUGACAUUCCCGCUCAGUUUUGUCGAACGAUCCGGGAAGGAAAAGGGCAAAGCUGAGCUCCCAUCGGAAGCAGAUACAACAACAGAGGGGCAUUCAACGGGCUAUUUGUCCGGAGGAUCCAGUUUCAAUACCAUUGCAGAAGAGGAAGAUGACAUGGGUGGUGAGGAAAUGAUCUUGCAGCCAGACACAGUAAAGGGUUCUUUGGCAGCCAAAAAAUCCACACCAAACCAAAUUCUGGCGUCUUCCCAACAGCAGGACCAGGAACAACUGCUUUCCCCACCGGUCCCGCAGCUGAAAAGCAACAAAUCCUCCGCAAAAGCGGGCAGCGUACGGUCCGGGACAAGUGGCACUACUGGUGUCACGCUGGGUUCCCGGCGUAUGGGUCGAUUCUUAUUUCCCAAAAAGCUGAUUCCACAGUCCAUGUUAAACCGACAGAAACGGCGUACGCUUGUACUGGACCUCGACGAAACGCUGAUACACUCGAUGUCGCGCGGGACGUCUUCUAGUAAUUCUUCGCAGGGCCAUAUGGUGGAAGUCAAGUUUGCCGUAAGUGGGAUCUCAACCUUAUACUACGUGCAUAAAAGGCCUUACUGCGAUUUUUUUCUUACCAAGGUUAGCGAUUGGUACGACUUGGUCAUAUUCACGGCGUCCAUGCGAGAAUACGCGGACCCUGUUAUUGACUGGCUGGAGGGGUCCUUCGCAGGCCGUUUUUCGCGACGUCUUUACCGCCAGGACUGCACGCUACGCGACGGCAUCGGCUACAUCAAAGACCUGUCGCUACUGGCCUCAACACACGCACCGCUCAGCGAUGUUUGCAUCAUAGACAACAGCCCCGUGAGUUACGCCAUGCACGUGGACAACGCUAUUCAGGUCGAAGGAUGGAUCAGCGAUCCAACUGACACAGAUCUUCUGAACCUGCUGCCGUUUCUGGAGGCGCUGCGUUUUACUACAGACGUUCGAACUGUGCUGGCACUGAAGAACGGCGAGAAUGCGUUUGCUAUAUGA